AUGUAUGAAGCUGUGUGCACGUCGGACACCGGCCACCAGGGGGCGUUAGCUGGAGAUAGACAGACUGUGACCUGCUUCUCACAAAACGUCCGGAGUAUCAAAAACAAACUGGGUACCCUUCGGGCCCAUUCUCCUGUUUUUGAGCGCUUUGACAUCCUGGCCUUGACGGAGACGUGGUUGAAGCCGUAUGUCGGUGAUUCCGAGCUUCAGCACGGACUCAGCAGUCACGUGUGGUUCCGCCGGGACCGUGAGGAGUCGGUCGGGGGUGGUGUGGCCUGUGCUGUGAGGGCCGCUCUCCAGCCUCUUCGACGCGCCGAGGUGGAGCAGGGAGAGGUCCUAGUGGUUGACCUUGUUGGUCUCCGUCCGGCAGUCACAGUGAUUGUUGGCUACCGGCCGCCGGAUGAUGACGCGGCAGUGACAUCUAUAGUGAAUGUGCUCGAGACUGUAUGUUCUGCUGGCCGGUCUGUGAUUAUGCUGGGUGACUACAAUCUUCCUGAGAUCGUUUGGCACGGGCCGGAUCGUCCUCCCCAGCUGCUGCGGCGGUCUGCGCGUGCCACCACCUUCUUGGAUGCUGUCGACCAGCACGGACUGCGCCAGCAUGUGCUGCAGCCUACUAGAGAGAACAGCACACUGGACUUAGUGCUGACGAACAUCAGCGGGGUGCAGUGUGACUCUGAUGUCGGUUAUUUUGACUCUGACCAUAAUCAGGUCACGGCAACAUUCACAGUGCCUCGGACGGGCUGCGCUCGUGUGACACGCAGCACUGCUCUUAACUAUCGGCGAGCAGACUUUGACGGUCUGAGGCAUGCACUGCGGCUCUUACCAUGGAAUAUGCUAGAUGAUCUUGCUGUUGAUGACGCUGUUGAACUGUUUUAUGAGUGGACUGACGCGGCAAUAUCAGAUCACAUUCCGGUGGUGACUCUGAAGGCUCGCUACCCACCAUGGUUCGAUGCAGAUGUUAAGCGAGCGUUGCGCCAAAAAGAGAUUGCCCACCGCCACAAGAAACAGUCACCUACCGAUGAACGGAUUAAACGGUUUGCAACCUGUAGGACCCAGUUUAAGAGUUUAGUCCUGUCCAAGUACCGCAGAUACAUGUUGCACAUCGUCGAUGACUUCAAGAACAACUCGAAACGGUUCUGGUCUCUGUUAAAAUCCGUAAAGUCUUCAAAAAAUGUUUCUGUUCUGAAAUGUGAUGGUACACUGUAAAAAAUGUUAGCGCAGUUUGAGUUUUCUGACUCACUUUAAUGAUGUGUUCAAACAACUAACUUGCUAAUGAAUCCGUA